GUCAAGUUUAUGACAUAUCGAGAAGACGAACGUUUAUAAUAGAACAAUCUAGUCCGGGCGACAAGUUUAAAGGUAUCAUCUGAAAAAUUAGGCAGUCAAUGAUCCCGUGGGUGCCUCAUCGCGAAAUAUAUGGAUGGUCGGUUCGACUCGUCUASWUUUAACCCAGGUACUUGUAAUCGAGAAGGUGGAAGGCUGAAUUCAUCCUUAGGAUUUGAUCAAUCAAGCAGGGCUUUAGAGGCGAUGUACACAAGAGAUAGAGCUCUAUUGGUCAGCACUGUGACACCGUCCGACCGUUAUCCAGAAGCGUACAGAGAGCCUCUGCAAUACCAACGAGUCAAGCCCCAUCAGGUUUUAAGAGAAAGGACCUUUAAAGGAGAGACACCCCUGGAUAUGGAAAAGCCUACCGCGGAAACAGAAAACGGUGGAAUCAAUGGAGAAAGAGACGGGCCAAAAGUCCUUGGGGAACGAGAACGGUCAACCAGUAAUCGAAGUUUUGGGAUUGUAGAGAGCAGAAUGGCUGAAUUGGAUGACAUUCAGCGCUCCAUGGAAGAAACUGAAGACGUGAACUUCGAAGAACAGAAAUAUCGACCUCGAAAACCGAUCGUCUACGAGGACGAGGACAAAAUCCGAGAUCCUCCGAGUUUUGUUGCUCAAAGUCGAAUUCCUAAACAAGAGUCCCCGUCCGAAUCGGAACAUAGUAGCUAUCUGAACUCGAGUCCUAACGUGGACAGGAUUUCUUCACAUGAAUGGACAUUCGAGGAGCAGUUUAAACAGCUUUAUGAAUUGGGCGAAGAAGCAGACAGAAAAGUGUUUUUAGAUGAUUUAUUCACAUUUAUGCAAAAAAGAGGGACGCCUGUUAAUAGAGUACCCAUAAUGGCAAAACAAACUCUAGAUUUGUACAAAUUAUUUCGUCUUGUAGUAGAUAAAGGAGGAUUAGUAGAGGUUAUAAAUAAAAAGAUUUGGCGCGAAAUUAUUAAAGGUCUUAAUCUACCCGCGUCUGUAACAAGUGCAGCAUUUACUUUAAGAACACAGUAUAUGAAAUAUCUCUAUCCUUAUGAAUGUUUCAAAAGAAAACUUUCUUCGCCGUCCGAGUUGCAGUCUGCAAUUGACGGAAACAGACGAGAUAGCCGACGGACAUACGGAACUUUUGGUACGCCGCCCCUUGACAGUGGCUACAGUCGAGGGAGCCCCCCAUCUUCCAUGGCAUACUCUAGUAACCAUUCACCUGGGCUGAGGCCAAGUCCAGGGCCAUCACCAACUGGAGAAGAUAGCCACGUCUCUCCCGGCUUACAUGGUAACAACGGGGUAUCGCUACUUCAUUCGCCUGGCGUCGURCACCGGCAGUCUACCGACAGYGUCGGAAAAMGGUCGCAUAGUCCCGACAUGGACCGACGUAUUUCCGCGUCUGAUUCGUCACCGUCAUCAUCGCCCGUUAAAAAGUUCGCUAGCGGAAGUGAGCGGGACUUGCGACCGCAUCACAAUUUACCGUGGACUCAUAUUAAGAUCCAGACUCCUCCUAAAGGUUUUUCACUGUCCAGUCAAGGCCAUUAUCAAGAGCCAACUUCUCCAAGAAGCCGUGAGACGAGACAACUACCUCUCACACUACUGGACCAAGUUAGCGACAACUCACUGCUUGUUUCCGUUGAACUAAAUGGAGUUGCAUACCAAGGAGUUUUAUUUGCUCGACAAGGCCGUCAGUCAUCACAAUCYGAUUGAUGAUUACAUGUAGCUUAUCUAGCAAGCUGUGAAAAAGGCCAUCUUUGCWGGUGUCAAGUUUUGGGAUUCCUGUGUUCAUAACCUGAGAGGGAUUGAAAAGAGCAAAAACUCCAUAAUUCACCAGUCUUCUCACAUCCAUUGGAUUACACAGGAAUCCCAAUGAAAGAAGACUAUUAUUAGCCUUUUAACAAAAUCUGAUCAUGAAAGUAUGAUAGUGAUUAUUAGAGUUCAAAAAUCAGACUAAGAAGAAAAGCUCAGUAGAAAUGUUUUUCUUCUUCUCAAGUUUAAAGAGACAAUAUAAUAUUGCUUUCAGGAAAGGCAAAGCUGUUACUUUUAAGCAGUGUAAUUCAAACUGCAAACUUAGGUUCAAUAUAUAUAUUACACUAUAGUACUGAAAACAUAAUAUAUAAUGCCACAUGCUUUCGCUUCCAAACGCUCUCUUUAUCUCACAAUCAUUCGUUGCCAAAAGCUGUCUAUUUCCACGUUUUGCGCAUACUUUUAUUUAUCCAAAAUUUGCAACUUAAGCAGAUAUAUUUUUAUGAUAUGAAAGACGACUAUUUCAAUUUUGCAUCAGUCAAUUAUAGAGCCGUAUAGCUAUGGAGGUUUUGACUUUGACUUGUACAGGAUACAUCAAAGAACAAGGCAUUAUAAGCCUGUCAACAGAAAUCUUUUGGAACUGUUAUAAUACUGUAGUUGUGCUCUGGGACAAUUGUAGGAAGAAUGGAUGAAUAUAUCUACUGGAUAAAUGGGUCUUUGACAGGCCUGGUAUCCAUCUUGAAAGMCAUUGCUUUCUUCUCUUUUGAAAAGAGGAAAGCAAAGAAAAAAAGAAGUGGUUUUAAUUUAAAAAUUUCUGUGCCUUUAAGCAGAAAUAACCAAAAACAUUUGGUGGUUGUUUUGAAGGUUAGCAAUGUAUAAAACAUACUUUUUUUUCUGCACCUUCUGAGCAUUCAAGAUGGCUGCUAUAUAUCUGUAAUAUGCGAUUUAUGUUCUUUGUGUUUGAAAUGAAAGACUAUCUAGUUUGUAAAAAGCUACUGUAUACAGAAAUGAAAGACUAUCAAGUUUGUAAAAAGCUACUGUAUACAGAAAUGAAAGACUAUCUAGUUUGUAAAAAGCUACUGUAUACAGAAAAUCACUCUGAAAAUCUAUUUGUAUCUUGUGGAUUAACUUCAUCCAGCCUUUUUACAACUUGCCCAGUGUAUUUUAUCAUUGCCAUUGAAUUUUGGUGCUAUGGGUUCACUACAGCUGAGCUACUAUGCAAAACUACUUCCAGUGACAUUCAGUAUAAUAAUUAUUCUUAAAAUGCACAAUUUACUAGGGAUUGCAGAUACUCUAUUUGCCUUCUUGGUUUCUCUGCUUGCUUUUAGCAGUUUUGAAUUCAAUGAAUUUUAAUUGAUUCUGAAACAUAGUCUUGAUAAUUCAGACUACUACUUUGGAACAAAGUGCAACUAGCACCUUUUUUUACUCUAUUUGCAAGCACAUUUGCAUUGCAUCAAAUGCUGAAAAUAUAUAAAUUUGAUUAUUUAUUUACCACAGAAUAAAUCUAAUUUACAGGAAAAAAAAGAAAAACACUUAUCUAGUUCUUUUUGUAUAAAAUACCCAGAAAAGUUCUAUUCUAAAUGUAUGUACAUACAUAAUCGUUUCUUUUAUGAAAUACCUUUGUCUUUAGUUUCAAAUGCAUUAUAUCAAUGAAAAGACUCAUUAAACUUUGCUUUGUGUGAAGUCAAUACGCAAUGUUUGGUGUGUUUUCUUUGGUUUUGAGCAAUUAAGCACAUUGAAUUAGCAAAAUGGGGACCUGGGGGAGGAGAGAAUUUUGAAAUGACACACUACAGUCUUUCAAGACGCAAUACCGCCAGUCUCCUUCACAGUAGAGUGCUCGCACUUAAAGCGUGAAACAAAUAGUACUAAUUACUACUAAAUAGUGUUGAUYAUACAAUAGGAAACAAAGAAAUUUGUAUAAUUUAUCACCUAUUUUGUAGUAUUUAUAUUUCACGCAUUUAGUGCGAGCACUCUAGCAUCUUGGAAAAUAAAUUUAUUUAACACAUGUUUGCAUUGUAGCAAGGUGACUUCACUAGCUGGUUGUCAYGGUGAUUUACUUUGAAGGACAUCCAUGUUAUUGAGGGGGAGGGGUACAUUUUGUACAAUGCAGAUAGUGACAACACAUAAAAUCUUGUUUAUUACAUUGUUCAAAUGCCAUUAGUGUGCAGUUAUAACUUAACUCAUGUCCAGACCACUCUAUGCAGUCGAAUUAAACUGACAGGUGCCAUUUGACUUGGCACAAGUACAAGACAAAGCGAGUAGCGUCAUGCCAAAUAGUCUGGUGGUCUGGAGACAAGAAUGUACUAUACAACAAGACUUUAUGAGUCAAAUGGGUGCUACCAAUAAAUAAGCUUAAUAGUCCUUUUCAUGGUGGCCUGCGCCAUCUUGAAAGGUAGCCGUGCUUUUGCAUGGACUGUUGAUCAUGCAAUAAACCUAUCUCAU